GCCGGCCAUUAGUUGAGUUCUGACCGCGUCCCGGUAUGCAUGUGACGCUUAAUUUACAAACACCAUAAACGUGUGUUUACAUAAAAAUAUACGUUCAGUAAUUUGGAAAAUUAAUAAGUACGACGUGUAACAAACAAUUUAGUUAGUAAGUGUUAUAAUAUUAAACUGUGUUUAUGUUAGAAUAUUUCAAGUGAUAUAAUUUUGUGAUGACUGAUGAACAGAAAAAAACUUGUUUGAUAUUUCGGUAAUGGUGAUAUUUAUGCGUUUCUGUUUGUGGCAAUAGAUUUUAAUUGACAAAGCAAUGGCCGUAGUUAAUUUUAGCGUGUGCUUGGUGCUCAUUCUGUACCACCUCUCGUCGGCGCUUAGUGACGAAUCUUCCUCGGAAUCAUCAGAUCUCGGAUUAACUGAUCCAAAAGCUGAUAGUGAAACGGAGGGUGUCAGAUGUUAUUGCAACACAGCCCAAUGUGUGAGCACGGGAUACAUGUGCCGAUCGCGGAAAGGAGGUGGUUGCUACAGUGAAGUUCCACCUAGGAGACACCACGCACGUCAUGGUUGUCUUCACCACUUAGCUGAAAAGAAACAAGAAGCGCUGUCAUACUGUCAGAACGCGCCGUCCCAGGGUGGCCCUCCUCCCAGGGAAAAUUCUCUGCUCUUAUGCUGUUUCAAGGACCUCUGUAACCACGAAGACAGUCCAUUGGCUCGAGCGCGGCUUAAUCUCACCAAUGAUUUAGAAGGCAGUGUGGCGAGUGAACGCGGUGCGUCCUAUAACGGCGAAGUUUGGUUCAAAGCGGCGACCAUCGCAGUGCCGGUUUGCGGCGCGCUCAUACUUUUCCUACUCGUCGCGGUCGCCGUACGGCUGUUACGAGCUGAUGCACUCCUGCAAGCAGAUAGGAAACUCAGGGGUGGGUACAUAUCUACGUCACAGCACAGCACAGAUGAUGUUAAGAAAGUAUGGGUGGGUAACUCAUCCGCCCCUCUUCUAGUGACACCGAGCGGCUGUCUCGUCGCGGUGGAACGAGCCCAGCUAGUCGACAUACCCCCCUGCCAACAGCUCUGUGAUAUACAACGAUAGACUGCACUCAACGAGCGAGCAAUCUCUUUAGCGCACUGUACCAUGGCCUGACGGAAUAGUGUUAGGUAAUUCUAAGGCUUUAAUGAAAAAUAUAUUACAUAUCACUAUUACAGGUUCAACAAAAUUAGUAGUUGCAAAAUGUCAACGAUAGAUGGCGCUGUAGAUAUAAUAAAAGUUUCGAUGUUUAAAUAAGGCAGUAGUAUAAUUUUUAUGGGAAUUAUGAAAAGUAUAGGUAAAAUCGUUCCAAGUUUGAAUCUUUUUGAAAAUUGAUCUCAGUGUAGUGUUCGUCAUUUCACGGUACAGCGCGCACGCAUACCAAAUCUACCACAAUGUAUAUUUAACUGUUAUUUUUUAAGCGCUUUGUGUUCCUCUUAUUUGUAAAUGUAAUCAACUCGACUUAUAAUUUCUUGACAUAUUUAAACGGCGACCGUAACACAAGUUACCAAAGUGGUGAGAAUUGUUUUGUGUGACACUUUUGAAUUAUAUGAUUUUUUUUUAAUCCUCAAUUUUUAAGCUAAGGAGCACAUUUGUUUUCUUAUAACUUAUACUGGAGUAUGUUACAAAAUGUCAUACAAAACAACUUCUAAAUUCUUAUAUGACAAUAUGGAAUAUUACAAUGGUUUAGUUAUAAUAGUCAUUUAUUGGCUAAUUUUAAGCAUUAUUUAAUACAUUGUAAUAUGACAGAUGACAAAUGUAAUUUCUAUAGUUUUUAUUUCUUUGCAUUUAAAACACUAAUCUGAUAUAACUUCUUAAUUAUAAGUAUUGUAUGCACUUCUGUUAAUUUUUUUUUAGCUGGCAAUAUUGUAUUUUUUUGUAAAAUAUAGUUAAUGAUAUUUGUUUAUGGUUAAUACUAUUUUGAGAGAUAAUUCGAAAUGAUCAUGACUGUAUUUGUCAUAUAUUAAUAUAUCUUACUAUAUCUUAAGGUAUACAAAAAAGUACUCAGUCAGAGUACGUUUUGAUAGUCAAUGGUUAUCUGACGGCGUUUGCGUUUGUAAAUUUUAAUUAUUAUUAAUAGAUAUUGUAAAUUAAUGUCCCCGUUGCCUGUCUGUAUGUUCGUGUUUAUAAAAAGUAAUACCAAUACACAGAUUAGCUGAAUAUAUUCACGUAUCUAUACAAUUUAUGGAUAUUUAAUGUAGCAAAUAUUAUCGAUAAUUAAAAAACGUGCCUUUUAAGACAUUUUACAAUAAAAGUUGUGUGAACAAAAUUGUGGUACACAAUGCGACAUCAAUUAUUGGACAAUGGGGCAUAAAUUAUUAAAUAUUAAGUUUACUUUUGUACUUUACUUCAUAUUUAAAUAAAAAUAAUUGAACUGGCAACACUUAUGAGGCUACACGAAUUCCAAACGCGAACGCGCAUAGAUAUACAAUAUGUCACAAUAAUUAUAAUAAAUAAAAAUAUUUUUUAUAAUCUGUAAAUUAUAACAUUUGUAAAUAUAGUGCACUAAGUUACCUGUUACUGAGCGUUAAUCGAGUCGAGAUUUGAAAGUGAAAUCCAUUGGUAAGAAAUACUAGUCUUUAUAUCUGAUCUUGUAACUUUUAUCUUAAUUUACUUCAAUGGAUUUUACUUGUGGUCGAUUGUUAUUGUAAUGAUGAAUAACAUUGAUUUUAUUUAUUUUUUUAACUGACUUAUGAUAUAUACGUUUUGAAAUAGUUUUUUUUUUAUAUAUAUAAAAUCGAUGUAAUAUGUUACUUAAUUUUGUAAAUAUAAUUAAUUUCAAUUGUAUAUGUAGUUGGCAACACUUAUUUCUAUGAAAGUUUUUUUUUUUUUCUUAAUUUAAAAUUUAGGCAAUGAAUUCCUUACUUUUCGGCCAUUAUUCAGAAAUUGACUUGAUUAAGCUUCCUUGAGGUGCCUUACCUUUUUAUAAGUUUUAUAUAAUGUAUAAGUGUUUUAAUAUAUAGGUGCAAGUAAAAUACUCCAUAAUGUUAAUGAAUAUACCUGCGACUUUAUGUAAAUAUGUAUGAUGUAUAAAGAAUAAAUGAAAUUAUUUUAUACA